CGCUAGCUGUGGGUCGGUGGUACUGAAGAAGGCGAUAGUAUACCAACAAUUGUUCGCAAAGUUUCAAGACUUGCAGAACGUCAUGGACGGUGGAAAGAAAGUUUGGGUCCCUGACAACGAACAUGGCUUUCGUUUGGGAGAAAUUGUCGAUCUUGGAUCGGACACGAUCACUGUUGAAGUCGAUGGUUCAAAGGGAAAGGUCUGAUGAGAUUAAUUUCGUUAGUUAAGACAUUUUUCCCGUUUAUAAAAAUGUAGAUAGAUAAGCUUAAAUUUUUUUUUUGCAAUCUUAUUGUAGGUCGUCACGGCUUCCUAUGAUAGAGUUUUCCCGUCAGAAAAGGAUAAUUCGCGAGAUUUUGAAGAUAAUUGUAAGUUGCCAAAGAACGCUAGGUUGCUUGCAUACGGGGGUGAAGCUUGUAUUAAGCUUAAUUCCACGAAAAAAGUUAAGCGUGGCAUUAAAUUCCAAAUAAUUUUUCUGGCUUUAGUUUGAAUGCCAGUACUUAUUUUGAUCUGAUAUUUCGAUAUUUUGUUAUUGUUUUUGGGUAUUGGAACCUGGCAGAUGUUUUGGCGUUGUUUGAAGCUACGAGAUAAUCGAGUUUGUCUUUAGCAGACGAUUGUGUAACUUAAUGAAAAACUUAAUUUUUGUUGUACUAGCGUUUGACACCGCAUUUUUUUUCCAAUUGCUAAGUUGCUACAUGUAUGUUCGAAAUUGAGUGGUUUCAUUACAUGUAGAGGGAUCGGAAUGUUGCAGCUUUAGAAAAUUAAUAAUUAAAUUGAUUGGUUGCACCUCUGAUUGAGGUGUGAGAUUUUGAAUGGGUUAUGCAUACUUUUUUUUUCAAAACGAGGGCCUAUUUUCAACCGAACUGUAAUAUUUCCUAACAACAGUUAUCAUAAAUUUAACAGAUAAAUGAUCUUGCCGUCUCCCUUUGGCUUACAUCUCAAAAGAUUGAGCCUCAGUUAAUUUUUGUUGUUGUAGAAUUGAGUGAAUAAGUGAAGAACAAAGAAUUUGAUUAUGUACUUAUUGACUAAGUGGGAGGUUUGAACAGGAAAUUAGUUGGCUUGUGGAUUCAAACAUUUUUAAGGAGUCUUGGGAAGUUGAAAGGCUGGGUUGAGAAUUGUGAGCUAGAGCAAUGAGAACUUUGAUGUGCCAGACGUAACGAAAGGCAACCUGAAGUUUGGUUUUUCGCUUUCAGAUGGAACGCUUCCAUCUAACCCAACUUUUGUUUUUACUCCUGUAUAUCUGCCAAGUGUUAUGCCUAAGGUGUGAUUGUCAUGCCUCUGGAUUGAAAACUUCGAUCUCAUGCCUGCUUACGCCCGUGUUCCAGUUUCUUAUUCUGUUAAAAAUGUUUGAGCUGUUACAGCAAUGACUGUCUUAUUUUGAAACAUAUAUUAAUAUUAUUAUUUAAACAAACUGGAACUAAUGAGAAAAGAAAAGUCCAUGUUUAAAAAUCAAAACUGGAUUUUUAUUUUUUUAUCAGACUGAUAAUAAGAAGAAAAGGCUGAUUUGAAUGGACCGUGUGUGUUCGCCUCGGUUGUAGUUUCUUCCUGGCUACGGCCCUCUCCAAAUUCUCUUAUUUUAGUAGGGGGAGGUCGUGUUCCUUCGUGUUCUCGCGCUCGUGUUAGCCAGAACUCUUCACAGCAUCUUCAGAAUGUCCUUGGAAGUCUUCGGAACGUCUUCAGUUAUUAACAGACGCCUACAAAAAAUCCUGAAAGUCUCAGAUAAAAAUGUCAUGCCUAUAAAUUAAAAAGUUGGCAGGUAUACUCCUGUAGCAUGAGUUAUCAAGUCAGACUAUGGAGAGGGAGAAACAAUGAACUUCUAGUUGUUGUUUUGAAGUUCGGGAAAACAUCAACGUUCUCUCUGCUAAAGCUCACAAUUUAACCCUUUUUGGCUUUUAAGGAUCUUUUUGAUUCAGCUUAGCUGGUCCUCCAGCAGUGUGUUCGUUGCCUGAGUCACGCGUUGCCAAAUUUUCUCGCCAUGUAUAGAAUCAUCAGAUCAUUAUACGUUUCUGGAAAACUGCCCCCUACCCCUCCCCCAAGCCAACAUUAAGACUUUCUUCUCACUUAGGGCAAAAUGUUGUCUUAGGGGAGGGGUAGGUGGACAUUUUCCUAGAAACAUACAUGUAUAAUGAUCCAAUUCAUCUUAACCAAUCAAAGCAGUGUACAUAGUACAAAAUCUAGUAACAGUGAACAGAGUUUAACAGGUUCUGCUUCUCUUUUUGCUGUGUUGGUCCAUUCAUGAAAAGGUACGACUUUACUCUUUACUUACUUUACUUACCCUCUUUACGUACUCUUUUAUAAUCUGCAGGUUCAUUGAUGUUUCUAAAUGAAGCAACUUUAUUACACAACUUGAAAAUCAGAUACCAAAAGGAUAAAAUAUAUGUAAGUUUGAAAUUAAAUGUUUAAGUGACAUUUCAGGAUGGUUUCAUCUAAAAAAAAAAGUGAGAGAGAAAAAGACAAGAAACAGUUACAUUUAUUACAUAUCUACAUAAUGGGGUUGUUCAUAAUUGAAGGAAUUCUCUUCACAUGCAGACCUCUUUCUUUUUCCUUUAACAAACAAAUUUUGCUUAUGGCCAGCUGCUAUUAACCUGUGCCACAGAACUAAACCUCUGGUUAAGUCCGUGUGAGCCAGUGCCUUAAUCCUUGUUCUGGGCUCCCACCUGUUUACCGGGAUUUGAUUACGCACCUUGAUUGGCCUGUUAAAUCCUGGUUUUCACCAGCGCACAAGCAUAAGCGCAAGCACAUGUGCAAGCAACUGAAAGCUGGGUCGAUAUAAAUAUAAGCAUAACAAGUUCGGUCUUCUUGUGCUUGUGCUUAUGCUUAUGCCUUAGCUUUGACCAGUGAAAAAUGGGGUUGGCGUAAGCACAAGCAGAAGCACUAGGCCGUACCCCAAUCAAAGGCCAUUCUAAUCCAGACCUCAUAUGAACAUAUCAAAAGCAAUAUGGCAGAUGAAGGGUCUGCCCUCUUGUUUUCCUUCAGGUUAAGGAGAGCUGGUAACGAGAAUUGAGUUAAAUAUGGCAUUUUGCACAAGCUGUGUCCUUAUGCUUAUAAAUGCUUAUGCGCUAGUGAAAAACAGGCUUAAGAAAACCAUUGUCAAUUUUUUAGUCAGGCUGAAGGGAAAUUCAAAAUGCACUUCUGGUACAUAUAAUUCAUUGAGUUCUUGCCCCAUUGUUCUUGCCAGCACUGGCAGCUCUCCUCCACCAAAAUUUUCCACAAACUUGCAUCUUUAGCUUGCAGGCUACAGUGAUUUUGUUACCUCUGCGUCCUGCAUCCCUGACGCGUAAAAAUCCUUAAAGACAGAAAAUAAUUCAUGGCAUGCAUCCUGUAGGAUGCAAAGAUCGAUCGCUUGAGCCUUGUGUUUUUGUAGAAAUGUCCUGUUCAUGUAAUUUUUGUCAGUGGCAGCUAAAUGUAUUUAAUGGUUGUUGUUUAACAAUGCAUAUUUUUUUUAGCCUUUGUUGUGCUUUAAAAUAGAAGGACUAUAUUUUAACAGUAUACUGUAGUAAAGGGUUUUGGGUCUGUCUUCAUAUUCUUGAACUGUCUGGUUACAUAAAGGCCCAAGCAUUUUCAAUUUCGGAUUUGUGGUUUUGACUGGGACUCAUUGGUUCUAGACUGGGGCGCAUGAUUUUUCACAAAAUGAGUCUGAGGACCCACCACUUAACUAUUUGUAACAAAAUCACUGAGGCUAUCAGUACCUUGGCAGUGGGUCCCACCGUAAUAAGCAGUUUUAUUUUUGUAAUGUUCAGACUUAUGUUGCCAACAUUUUGCUUGCUGUCAACCCGUAUCAUGAGGUCAAAGAUCUCUACUCCAAGGAGAGAAUCAGACAGUAUCAUGGAAAGUCUUUGGGUGUGUUGCCUCCACACGUGUUUGCUAUUGGUAAGAACUAUGUGAAACUUUUCUAGAAAAUGAAGUGUUAUUUUGGUUAGAUUCUGAUAGAUGUGUCUAUUGAUGUAUUUGAUUUAUACUGAAUCAAGAUGUCUUGGAUUUCAGCUGACAAAGCAUACAGAGAUAUGAGGGCUUACAAACAGAGUCAGUCUGUGAUUGUCAGUGGUGUGUAAUUUUUUUGUUUUUAAUUAAUGUACAUUCUAGGUUUGUUGUUUAAUAGUGUUACUGAAACUGUCACCUAUAAACCCCCCCACCCAGGUAAAUCUACCUGUAAAUGAAAGAAUACAUUCGAGUAAUUUAUAAGCCCCCAUAAUAUUAGCAUCUUAGUUCUUGGUCUUAUUGAAAUGGAUUUGAUUUAUUAUGAUGUUUUGAAGUGUCAUCAAAAACCAGUAAAUGCAACACAAUAAGCACUUCUAUCUAUAGUUUAUUUCAAAGCACUUUUUCUAUUCUGGUUAUAAGGCUCCUUGGAUAUUGGCGCCUCUGUUAAGCACUCCAGCACUCCUAAAACCUCUUAUGACAAUGUGUAAGCCUAGGGUUAUAAGCAUUUAUGGUAAUUAAUUAUUACGGGACUCAACAUUCAGAAAAACAAAACAAAACAGAAAAACUUUGGACCAUCUGGCCCCUUACUAAAAGAUGGUAAGCUGGAAUUAAAGGGAGCCCAGUGCUCUGAAAUCCUGUGAAAUCCAAGGUUCGCAGCAUGUGAUAAUUCUAUGUAAACACUAAUAUUCCCUAGUCGCCCAAGAGAAAACUUAAUGCACCACCUAGUGCUGCUAUAACAGAACCCUUGAACUGGUGAUAUUUAGUGGGAUUACUGCUCCAUUGUUUAUCAUCAAAGAGUUAUUUUUUGCUGGUUUGGGCUCCCCUCAUUUGGUGGGAAUGUAUUCAACCCAUUUUGUUGUUUGUUUUCAGGUGAAAGUGGUGCUGGAAAAACAGAGUCAACAAAGUAUAUUCUAAGGUAUGUGAAUGUGAAAUUUUGACACUACUUUUAAUUUGGAUUAAUAUCAUUUUUGCUUACAGACGUAAUCUUUGUGUUGUUGCAGAUAUUUGACAGAAUCAUGGGGAUCAGGUGACCAAGGCCGCAUUGAGCAGAGAAUUCUUGAAGGUGAACUUAAAAAUGCACUAAAUGUUUUAAUACUACUACUACUAUACUGUUACAGUGACUACAACUGCAAUGUAUACCUCAGAUAUAGGUAAGGUAAAUAGGUAACCACGGGCACACAAGCUAAAGGCCCAAAUGGCCGGACUUUAUACCGGUUUCCAUAGCAUGAAGCGUGCCUAGGAGUAUUGCUACUCCCCCCUGGACAGGAUGCUAGUCCAUUACAGGGUUACCCCCCAGGCAGUUUGUCGCUGGUAGCCAUUUAUACACCUGGGUGAAGAGAGACAAAGUGGAGUAAAGUUCCUUGCCUUUAAAACUCGACGGGUGAGGCUUGAACCCCGGACCUCCAGAUCUAGAGUUUUUAAGGUGUUAACCCUUUAAGUCCCAAUGGUGACCAACAUCAAUUUUCUCCCAACAACAUUCAUACCUUGCCAAGAGAUAAGGUAAUGAGAAUUUAUAAAAUGAUCAACAAAGACAAAAUCAGUGCUUUGAUCUUCUAUCAAAUUCUCUCAACUAAUUCUUGAAGGAAAUGCAUGGAGAUCAGUUUGGAAAAUUUGUCUCUGGAUAUUGGGGCUUAAAGGGUUAACCGCUCGGCCACACAAGCCUCCACAUCAGAUAUAACUGGGUUGUUCAAAGUGGGGUUAAGAUAACCCGGGGUUAGUGCCAAUGUGGAAUUCAGAAAUAAAACCUUAAAAAGCAAAUUCAGUUUUAUAAGAAUUCCGGAUUAAAAUUUAACUCCAGGUUAGUGCUAAUCGUCCUUCGAACGACUGUGCCUAGAUCUUUACAUUCAUCUGCGGCGUGGUCUGCCUCUGUGACACAGUCAUCUCUUCUGUCUUCAAAAGUGCUUACUAGUGAGCAGUUAUGCUAUAGCUUAUACCAUAAAAUUAUUGCUACCUCUACUGAUGUUAAUAUUGUAAUUAUAGCUCGUAAUAACUAAGCAAGAAAAAUGCUUUACACAGGCUACAAGAAUGAAGAUCACAAAAAAUGCCAAAAAGUUUCAAAAUCAUCACCUAGAAACAUGAAUAAUACAUUAAAAAUUUUGAAAUAAUUAAAUUAAGGUAUGUAGAAUGAAUUAUUAAUUCUACUGUCUAAAUACAGUGUUUUAAAUAUAGUUUAUUGCCAGGUGAGCUUUUUAUACAAGAAAAAUGCAAUUUAAUGGAUAUUGAAUGAUAGUAAAAAAAAUUAAAAACAAUGGAAUGAUUGGAUUCUUCAUACUUUAGUACUAUUGUAAGACACAUUAGAAAAGUAAUAUUAAUGCUGUGCAUGCAUUUUCAAAGGAAGAUUUGCAUAUGUUAGUACAAAUGUAGUUCCCAUCAGUGAGACAGUGGAUCUACUGAAUAAAACCUCUCCGAAUAGUGGAUUGCGCUGAAUACAAUUUUCAUUGUACUAUCUUUUUUUGUUAUCUGUUUAUGUGAUAGCCUGCAUGCAUUACAGCUGGCCUACUCAUUGCCUAAACCAUUUGUCUAGUCCGUCUGGGAAUUAGUGCACCAAAAGCUUGUCCUGAUAUCCAGCAGAAUUGCAAGGAUAUAUGUGAGCGUUUUCUGAUAGGCGGGUUCCUUACGCGCCUUAUGAUUGGCCCAAUUAUUACGUGUGCAUGAUGGUUGGGUGAAGUGAGAUGUCAAAAUUGAUAGCAUGAAGGGAGUUGGUGAGGAGCGUUUAUGGUAAACAAUGAAAGUGCAGUUUGAACUUGAAAGAAAAAAUGUGCUUGUAAAUUUGCUGACUGGUUUUCCAGCAUGUCACUCUUCCAAAUCGUUGCAGAUGUUGUGCCGAGUAUUCUGCAAUCUAGCAGACUGUGAGUUCAGCUAGCAUCAGACCAAAUCAGGAAAUCAUGAAAUUCACAGAAGAAAAAAAAGCUACACACACGUAGUGUAGCUAUUCAGGUCCAAGCAUUUUGGAGAACAUCAGAGAAACUAACCAGCUUCGUGAACUCAAAGCGGUGAAAGUAAGAUUUGCUCCUUAAUUUCAAAGUUUAGAAUAGUCCAUGCACAGCAUGAGCAACAAAAACUUCCGCUGUUUAAGGUGGCUCUAAGGUCACUUUUUACAAUAUCACGAGCUCAUUCUCUCUUGUCAUGAGCUAUGAGUCAUGUCUGGCCAGUGAACACUUUAUUUCAAAUUUGACUGAUCACGAACUGCAGAAGAAACUAGUCAAUCAAAAAUGUUGAUAUAUGUCCUUGCGACUCUGUGGGAUUCGAACCGAUGUUUUGCACUAAUUUGGAGACACUAUAUACAGAAGGUUUUUAAUUAGAGUGUUUGUGAUGAUGCAGGCUAUUGAUGUGGUUGCCUUUACAAGAUGAUCUUGCUGUGAGUAAGAUACCUUUGUGGGCAGGCAUUGGGAUUUAAAGUGUCCCAGCCCAGUCUGCCCUUUCAGUAGAUUUAAUACAGCUCUUCCCCAAGUUACACUUGGUACAUUUGAGAGCAAGAUUUCUGUCAGUUAUGGCAAGUGUUGAUCUUGACGAUCUAAUGAAAAUUAACAUAAUUAUAGGGAUUGUAAACAAUCUUUACAUAGAUAAAAGGCAUCAGUCUCUGCAAGGUAUACGUAUGAAAGUGGCCCUGUGGGAUAAUUGUUAGAUGUAAAAAAUGAUGAUUCAUUGUGGAGGAUCUCUACAGUACAUGUCUGUAUAUUGUUUUGUUAUUCUCUGUAGCAAAUCCUUUACUUGAGUCAUUUGGAAAUGCUAGAACUCUACGUAACAUCAACAGUAGUCGGUUUGGCAAAUAUGUUGAAGUCCAUUUUAAUGAAAAGGUGAGUAAAGCAAGAAAACAACAAUAAAAUAUUAUAUGAUAGGAACAGUUUGAUUUCGUUGAGGGUUAAGAGUUACACUGUAGCAAAGGAAAAAAUCUCUUUUUUACAAGGAUCUUAUUUAAACAAUUCAAGAUUGAAAUACUGUAGUUAGUAUGACGUUUUACAUAUGUCUUGUUUUUCUCCUCUGAGUAUUGAAAAGGGAAUUGUACAUGUAUCUCACACUGGCCAACAUGAUACAUGCAUUAGAGGAGAUAAAUUUAUUAACCCUUCGACCUCUAAAUUUUAAGGGAAAUUUUUGACAAAAUGAUUUAUGAUCAGCCAAAUAAUGAUCCUGUUCUUUUCUGUCCUUCAGUGGGUCACAAAAUAAUAUUCUUUGUCUAAAAGACCGGCAUCUUUAAAUCGCCAAGCCAACUUGGCCAGAAAGACACUUAUGGCUUGUAAACACAAUUUACACAUACCUACAAUUUAUUAUCAAGCAAAUCUGUGGGGGGUCCCUUACCGGGCUCUGUACUACUAAAGGGCCUUUCUGACAUUUUGCCAACUUAAAAAGGGGAAUUGUAAAACGACUUCUGUUCCCCACUUUUAUCACAGUGUUGCAGUGCUGCUGUUCAAGCUGCCUGUAGGAAACAAAAAACACCCCAGCUGGAGAGGAGAAAAAGGGGUGUGAAUUUUUUUGUGCUCUGAAGUUACCCCACUUGAGGACCGUAUCUCAACAAUUUUGUUACAGAUUGUAGUUACCCUGCCCUGGGUGUUAAAAGUUUUUCUUUUACUUCUUGCCACUGAUAAGUGAGAAGACAUCUGGCUUCCAGGGUAUAGUUAUCCUUACUGUACUUCAAAAAAAAAAAGAACCAAUCUUUAAAAUUCUGUAUCUUUUUUCAACCAGGUGACUGUUGUUGGUGGGUUUAUCUCGCAUUAUCUUCUGGAGAAAUCUCGCAUCUGCAAACAGAGUCAUGGAGAAAGGAACUACCAUGUGUUUUACAGGCUCUGCUCAGGUGCUCCUCAACAGCUAAAAUCAAAACUAGGGAUCACAAAGGCUGAGGAUUUUCUGGUAAGCUUACAAUUUACAGACUGUUUGCUGAAGUAACAGUGUUUACAAGUUUACUAUUUAGUAACACCAUCUUUUAUUAACCCAUAUGGGAAUUAUUUUUGCCGAAAACAUGUUUUGAAGCUAGUCAAGCUGUUUUCUGGUCACUGUCUGGCUAUUAAGAGCUAAAACUUGCCAAAGUCUUGCAGUGGGCCUGGAGAUGGGGGCAUGCACAGAAAGAAAAAUAUUUUGAAAUCAGUCUCAACAUUUUCAUUUUGCUUAAUUUCCCUCAUCCUUCUUUAUUAAAUGCUAAUUUUAUUGUCUGGUAUCAUUAAUUUAAUACCCUUCAUUUUCGUGAGAAAAGCUUUUGGGGAAGCUUUUAGGAUUGUAGGAUUAGAUAGAAGGUAGUGCAGGUUGGUAGUGCAACAAGAUUUUUAUCGGAACUUUUUUGGUUUAAAAUCACAUGUUUUUUGCCUUUUACUCCAGCCUCGUUAACUAAAUCAUGCUCUUUUUGAUAUGGUUUGAAAUAUCUUUUGCUGCUCCAGAAGUUAAGCAACAAAGUUGUUCUGGUCCAUUAAAACAGUACUGAUGAUGUUGCAAGUCAAACAAGGGAAAUUGGGUUAAGUUGUUUUGGGGUUGCAGUGUGUGUGACAAUUAGUUUUUCUUUGUAGUACCUAAAUCGAGGAACCAUUAAAGACAAAAAUCUUGAUGAUGCAUCAGACUAUCGCCGAAUGGAGGAAUCCAUGAACAAAGUUGGUUUUUCGGAGGAGGAAAAAGCUAACAUUUUCAAAGUUGUUGCUGCUGUGCUUCAUAUAGGAAACAUUGCUUUUGAAGAAAGUCAAGAUAAAGAUGGUAAAAUUCACCUGCAUCUAUCAAAAACAUGGUCUGCAUGUCUAACUAGAAAACCACAUGAAAUGCACUGAAUGCAGUCUCUGCUUCCCUGAUUGCAGGGCUGAGCUCUAACAGAGCCCGGUGGCCCAUGGUGCCCAACUUUUUCCCUUGGGCAACUAGAAAAUCUUACUUUUUUGACACAAAUCGUAUGCUGGGCUUCCUAGAUUUUACAUUUUCAGAGCACUGGGCUCUACCUUCAAUUUUUUUUAGCACAGCCUUAAAAUUCCAAGCACAUGUAGUGCUUUUAUUGGAAUAUUUUUUAAAACCAAGUAGAUUUAGAUUUCUAAUAACAUGGAACCAGAUCCAUAUGCAAAACAUUGUCCCUUUUUGGUAUUACAUCUUUUGGUGUGAAAGCUGUAUCUUUGGGCCUCAAGUCGUGACAUUAUAAACCAAAUGCAGUGAAGUAUGUUGCUGAAAAGAAUAGUACGUGGCUUUCAUUCUCUGAGCUGUGCAACUCCAAAUGUAUCUGAAAGACAAAUGAGAAUAUAAAUUGAACAACUUAAUUUUAGCUACUGUGUGUGUUUCUUAUGGCAACUGCAUUCCCUAAUGAGUUUAAUGAAUUGUUUGUUGGCUGAUACAAACACAUGUUGUGAUGCUAUUUCUGUGCAGCUGGCUAUGUUGUUGGAGCAAUUGCCCAAGAAUAAUGUGCAAAGAAAGCAACAAUAUUUUUUGGUAUGGUACACACACCAUGGUAAAGGCAUAUCCCAUGUUAAUCAAGCCAUGGUAAAUUUCAACGUAAAUUUCUUUGAUGUAAACAUGGAUAUUUCCCACGGGAAAUUUAUCGCGGGAAAGUCCGGUCACACGCACAUUUACCACAGUAAAAUUGUUCCUUGUAACCGCACCUAUUGGCUAAGCUGCAAGUCAAGCUGAGGAUAAGGGAGAAAUCUCAUUCUUCUGCUUUAUUUCAAGGCUUGCUCUGGUAGCAUCUCCUUUUUUCUUCACUGGACUUUGCUGAAACUGCCAGCUGCACAGAAUCGUCGGUAUCUGUCACAUGAAAGAUUAAGGUAUAUCAGUCAGGUUUGUUACUUGUAUUUUCAGCUGAUGCUAUUUAAUUCUCGUAUUUUUAGGUGGUUCAGCUGUGUCAUCAAAGAGCACCAACUCACUGAAUACUGCUGCUCAGUUACUGGAUGUGUCUCCAGAAGAGCUGAAGAUGUCGUUAACAACAAGAAUGAUGUCAGCGGGAGGGUCUGACAUGAGGUCUGAGCAACAACAGCGUCAUCAAAUAUUGUGCUGUAUCAUUCCAAUGGCUUUAAUAAUGGCUUUAUUAUUGCUAAUCACUAAACAUAAUGGAAUAAACAGUCUGAUCUAACCACUAUAAACUAAUGCAAAAAUCUUCAUUUAUGCUGUAACUUACACUAAUCAGUAUCACUAUGAAGCAUUUCAUUAUUGGCAUAAUUAGCUGUUUAAAUUUAAAGGUAUAGGUGAUGAUGAGGUAAUUUAUAACAGGUUGGUAAAUUAAAGAGUGUGCAACAUUUUUUUGUACAAUAUUAAUGCUAAUAGUAGUUAGUUAAUACAUUCUGUGAACAAAAAUUUAGCAAUGAGUGAGGUAAUUCUUUAACAUUAUUGCUUCAAAUUAAACUCUUAAUCACAUUCAUUUUCCUCCUUAAAAAUAAUCCGUACAUAAUCAAAAAUGAAGUCAGAAUUAAGAGUGUAAUAAGCCAAAAUGAAUUUGUUGUUUGUACAACGUUUCAUAUUUUCUUUUCUAAAAAUAUUUGUGGAUGGGAGAUUAGAAUUUGUGGCUAAAAGAGUAACGAGAUAAACCAUUUGAAAACUCAACAAAUGGCUCCUGCAAUUGAGCUUCUAGACAUCACAGUAUCUAAAACAUCUUUGAUCUUGCCAGAACGGUUAAUAUUACCACAACAGUUGUAGACAUGUCAGUAGACUUAGUCUCAGGUUAGUCCCUUAGUAACAGUAGUGUUAAAUACUUCAAUGAGCGCAUUCUGGUGUGAUUGCUUGAAGGUGACAAGUGAGGGUUUCUCUUCUGUUGUCUUUUCACAGGGUGCCACUAAAGCCAGAACAGGCCAGUGCUGCAAGAGAUGCAUUGGGCAAAGCGCUUUACACCAAACUGUUUGAUCAUAUUGUCGCCCAGGUCAAUCAGUGCUUCCCAUUUGAAAGUUCUUCCACCUUCAUUGGUGUGCUGGAUAUUGCUGGUUUUGGUGAGUCUAUGGCUCCAGACCUCCCACCUCCCGCCUGAUCACGUACAUUGUAUUCCCGGCUCCUCCCCCUUUUUUCAUGGCCUCCUCCCUUUAACCCUUUUUCGAUUUCAAAUAUUAAGCUUUUUGGCACAAUUUCUCCCGCUUCCCACCCUUUUAGUACCUUUCCCUCCUCCCACUCUUCCCUCUCCCAUCUGCCUUACCCCUCCCUCCCUAUUCUCCCAGAAUCCCACACCCCUAACGUCCCCCACAACUAAAGUGCCUGAGAAAACCAUGAGGAAUAUACAUGUACAUACUGUUCAGUAAAGAAAACAAAAGUAUUCAACUCAAGAUGACUAUUUUCGCUCCUGCUAGGUUGGAGCAGCUCAUAGUGACAUGAGCAAGGGUCUCACUGGCUGAUUAUUAUUCCGAAGAGUUGACUUUGCUCUUUAAAGUACUCGUUGUUAUGGCUUCUGUAUUUUUGAGGGGACAAAGUGGUCAUCGUGGGUAACCAUUCAUUCCCGUUUCUGCUCAACUCUUGACUUGUUUUUAUUUUGUUUCACCUCUUUUUUACCUACCCCUAUUAUUGUGAAUUGCAUGUGUCUCAAUACAUAUUUUGAUUUUUUUUUUGUUUUUUGACAGAAUAUUAUGAAUUCAACAGUUUUGAACAGUUUUGCAUCAAUUACUGCAAUGAAAAGCUUCAACAGUUAUUUAAUGACAGGAUUCUUAAACAAGUAAGUAUAGUGAGCGCUUUGACUUCACGUCAAUAUUUGUUGAAGAUUCUCAGGCAGCUACCAUUAGUUACUGUUAAUCGUGUCUCCCCAACCCCACCCUAUCCGGGAGCAACUUUAUAGCACUAAGGGAGGGGGUUAGCCAGGGUCUUUUUGUCCCGUUCAUUGACUACUGAACCACCAUUUCUAAUUAGUAUAAUAGCAUUGUUUUGGUAGACUAAAUCGUUUGCUCUGGUGGGAAACUUCUCAUACUCAAUGUGCCUCGCUCAGUGCCACAUUUCCUGAAACCUUCUAGUCAUCCAAUUGGUCAGCUCUGAUAGUUUAGUACCAAGCGUUUACAAACUGUAAUCUCUAGAGAUCAAAUGUAAAUUAUUUUUGUACAAAUAUUAGGAACAAGAGUUGUACGACAGAGAAGGUCUGGGAGUGAAGACUGUGACGUACGUGGAUAAUCAAGAUUGUAUAGGUGAGGAUCUACCAAGUGCGUGUUUUUGUCACGAGAAGAAUGAGGGAAAAGAAAUGAAUCAGUUUCGAUAUUUUGUAUGAUCUUGAAAUUAUUUUUUGUGAACCACACCAAAGUGAACAGAAUGGAGGAGAAUAAAAGGCCCGUGUCAAACGUCGAGCAACUGCUUUGCCGAUCGGAACUUAUUUCAUGCAUUUAAUACAAAUGUAUUAAACUAAGAAGAAAACAUUUUAAAAGUUGAUUAAACCGCUUUUUAUCUCUAUUCUUUAUUUUCGACAAAAUCUUCUCAAUUCGACUGAGUUAAUUCGAUAUCUGAAUUUAAGUCGUGCUACAGUCGAGCCAACUUAGUGCGGCAGUAGCACUAUAUUUGAAACUGAGUUGAUAAAAUCAAUUUACCAUGGUUAUUUAAAACUGAGACCAAAAGCUGACGUCACAAGCGCUAGAACUUCAUCCGAGUUUAUCAAGGGAAUGUUUGGUACAUUUUCUUGAUUCACUGGGACGAAGUUCUAUCGCUUGUAACGCCAGCUUUUUGGUCUCAGCGAUGGUAAAUUGACUUUUUCAAGUCGAACUGGAAAAAAGCCGUCUAAUUCAUUUAGCCGCUGAUAAACGUCAUGUUCACGUCGCCCCCACAAAACGUGAAAUUAGGCAUUUUCGCGUCGUAGUCGUGCAGUGAUGGUAAAGAUGGUGAUGGUAAAAAAAUGUACAAAAAAGGGUGAUGCACGUGCAGAGUUGUUGUUUCUCAGUCCAAAAUAAACUAAUUGCUUUUUUACCGUUCUCAUUGACGUCGCCGUCGUCGUUGCUUAAGCUCCCUAUAACAGCUAAGACGCAGCCGUUUUUGACUCGUCACGAAACAACGCUCCUCAGGAGCGUUGGGCUACGAAACAGAAACAAUUGCGUGUGAGACUAGCGGUGGUCGGGUUCCAUGGGUUUGUCGGUAGCAGUAAAAGCACAAGGGGAGAUGAGGGAAAUGUUAAAAAAAAAAAAAAAAAACGAAGAACCUUUCAGAAAAACAGAACGGGAAGGCAGCAAUUACUGGAUGAUACGUCUUGUAGGUUUAGCAUACAGGUGUACAUGUAUCCAACACUAUAUCAAUGUAUUGGAUAUUCUAGAUCUGAUUGAGGCUAAAAAGACAGGAAUUAUCGACAUUUUGGACGAGGAGAGCAAACUUCCUAAACCAACAGCAGAGCAUUUCACACGAGAGCUUCAUCAGAAACACAAGAAUCACUUCAGGCUGGCGGUAGGUGAAAUUCUGUAGCUUAAGAUAUCAACAUGUUUUCUCUUUUUUGGUUUUCUGAAAAGGUUUCGUUUGAAUGGUAACACCGCAGGGUCUACAGAAUCAGAAGUUAGAACUGCUUGCCAAAUAAAUAGUAUCUUGUGAAAGUACUGCUGAAGAGAAUCCAUUUGAAUAGUAACACCAUGAGAUUUCAUCCACAGACUCGGAAUUUAGAAGUACAUACUGAAUAAAUAGCACCGUGUGAAACUACUGCUCAAAAGAAUUCAUUUGAAUAGUAACACCAUAAGAUUUCAUCCACAGACGCGGAAGUUAUAAUUACAUACUUAUUAAAUAGUACCACGUGAAAGUACUGCUGAAGAUGUUUCAUUUGAAUGGUCACACUGUAGGAUUUCGCCCUAACACGAAACAUUAAAAGAAAAAUUAGCGUCCUUUCUGUUCCCGAACACGAUGCUAUAAUCGAGUGACUGAACGUAUCUGCAUGAGUCCACUUAUCAUACGUCAUAUGUCAGUUUUAUUGACCAGCUGAACUUGUUUCUUUAUGAUAAGAUUCCCAGGAAGUCUCAUCUAAUGUACCACAAGAAAAUGAGGGAUGAUGAAGGAUUUCUUAUCAGACAUUUCGCUGGCGCUGUUUGUUAUAACACUGUAAGUAAACCCUGAUGGAACUCUUCGAGUAAACUUCAACUUACAGAUGACUUUCAUGUCUUCAGAUGACUGGCUUUUUCACAGUUUUUAACAACUUUUCGUGUAUCAGCUAAGAUGUUACGAAACUUAUAACACAAUUACCGAUAAGUGAACUUGCGUUUUUACGAACUUCAUCUUGCUAAUUCAUACUCACCCAACAACCAGUCAAGAACUCCUGGUGACAAUUUGUCAAAGUCAAAGCCGGUAAAGACAUCAGGGAACUUAAGCAACGGCAACAAGAACGGCAAAAAAGCAAUAUGUUUAGAUUGGCAAAAACAACAACAACAACAGCUUUGCACGUACAUCAUUCUUUUUUGUACGUUUCUUUGCCGUCACUGCACAGCUACGACGUAAAACUUACGGGAACACAUGACAACGAUGUUUUUUUUCUUUUUGUGAACUUAGGUGCGGACCUUUAUAAUUCAACUCCCGAAGAAAAUCGCAAACAUUUGACAAAUGAAAAGAGUUGCAACAACAGCGAUGAAGUAUGAAGUAGCACUACUUCACCUUUUGGAUGACGUUUUCGCUGCCGUUGCCGUCGUCAUUGCUUAAGCUCUCUAUUAGAGACCUUUAGACUCGAGGACGAUAUUUUUUCCCGUAUUCUCAUUCUCAAAAAAUAGACACCCCUGAAAGCUUCAUAAAACUUUUAAGACGGAAUCCACCAGGACAUUGAGCAGUUUUGAUUUUCAGUGGACAAAAAUCUUAUACCAGAAUAAUUUAAAGCAUAUUGCGUACAAGGUACAAGGUUUUUGUCCACUGAAAAUUAAAAUUAUUCAAUUUCCUGAUGGAUUCCGCCUUAACAUUUCAUAACUUGUUUCCGCCACUACGACCUUCUCGCUUAACCACGGUUAUCACGUUUUCACGUCAAAAUGACAGGCGCUGGUUUACGCGCGCGCACUACUUAGUAGGGAGCUAAGGCAACAAGGACGGCGACGGCUAAGAAAUUGUCACUUAAAAAGUGAAUUUGCGCAGCCUCAAACUGUAUCACACUUAUUCCAUCUCGUUUAAUUCGUCAAAUGUUGGCAAAUUGUUUUGGACGGUUGUGUUCUAAAGGACUGUAUCAAAGUUCAGGAAAAGAAAAAGAAAGUCGUUGUCUUGUGUUCCAGUCCUCGACAAAAUGUGAAUUUUUUUUCACGUAGUCGUGUAACGACGACAAAGAAAUGUACAAUAAAGCGUGAUGCACUUGCAAAGUUGUUGUUUUGCUAAUAUAAACCUAUUGUUUUUUUGGCGUUCUCGUUGCCGUCGCCGUCGCCGUCGUCGUUGCUUAAGCUCUUAGGUAUUGAGAAAAUCUCAUACUCGUAGUCGCCCUCUUCUUAGAAUCCAAAGCCAAUAGGUCGCUAUUAUUGCCCUAAACGGGCCGAAUUUUAAGCUUAAACAUUCUUGUUUGUCAUAAUUUACAGGCAGAGUUUAUAGAGAAGGAUAAUGAUGCACUCCACAGAGAUCUCGAGGAGCUGAUUCAGGAUAGCAAGGAUGCUUUUCUUAAAAGCCUUUUCCCAGGUUUUGCACCAAAGAAGAAAGGUAUUGGUUCAAUGUCGUUUGGUGGAAACAUCAACCGAGGAGGCAGCAAGAAACUUGGCUUCAUCAGUGUUGGCAACAAGUUCAGGGUAAUGGAGGAAUUCCUUCGUUGUUUUUCAUGGUUUUUGUAAGAGGCUGUUUAGUCUGUGUAAUGCUGAAUUUUCUUGCUCCUCGUCCUCUUUCUCUGUUAUCCGCCACCCGGUUAGCUCAAUUUGGAUAAGCGCUGGUCUGCUGAGCGGGUAGGCGGCUGGACCAAAACUCAGGGUAUUAAAAUGACUGAGGAGAAAGUGCUGCCUUUCUUAAGACAUCUGCAAACGGUUAGAAUUUUAAGUCUACUCGGAUAAGGAAGAUAAACCGUUGGCCCCAUCUCGCAACCUUUGCACAUAUAAUAAAUUCCGUGGGACUUUAAAGAAACCCGCGCACUGUUCAUAAAGAGUAGGUGACAUAGCCCACGGUUUGGUGGUCCAUCUCUUAUGGGGGAGGUGGAGGGGGAAGGAAUUGUUACGGGUCCGCAGUAGUUGGCGGCACAAGCUGUUGCGGUGACCUUGCCAAGAAUUGGCGAAGCCAAGUAAAUAUCGAUGGCUUGUUCUCGCCCAGCACCACGCAGCUCGUUACACACUCUCGAGGUCUUUUUUUUCUGCGCUCGCUUUUCUUUUUAUUCGUACCGUCCACCUAAGGGCCAGGGUUUAGUCACUAGUUCCCCACUUUCCGGGAAGGAGCAAUAAAAGGGAAUCCCCUGAGAAUGUGAGGGCAUUGUGACUAGAAAGUAACGUAGAGACCCAUCUCAAAGAAAUAUUAGAGACCUUAAGAUACCCCGAAAUCGGUGUACGGGUAACGGGUAGCGCCAUGUUUUUUUCAUUUUGUGGUGACGUCAUCGACCUUACCCGGUAGAACCAGCCGUUUUUCCGGGGUAGACACCAGUUUAUCCGUAUAAGAUUUCGUUGCAAGUCCACAUGAUGGAGAAACGAGUAAGUUUUUAAGACUUUUAAGUGCAAAUGUAAAUUGUAUGACUCCUUGGCAAUGUUAUUGCAAGUCUGUUCAAAUAUUUUUUUUUAGCUGUAACGCUUCAAAAUGUAUUGAUUUUGGACCUCAAAUUUUGAAUGAAACGAUAUCAAUUUGUGGCGGUAUUUGGGGGAUUUCCGAACGUUUGAGUUUCGCAAAAGAAAUAGCAUUGAACAAUUUAGCAUGGGAGUCACUUUGAAGUUGACAAUCAAAGGAAUUGUUUGGAGAUGUGCCUCCAAAUGGCGGGGUUUGCUUUCGGUCGAGGGACUUAGCCAAUUAAAAAAUGAUAUUUCAAUAAGCUUAUGUAUGAAUGAAUUAUUUGUUGCAGCUUGUUGUUAAGAUAUGAAGUGUAGAAUUUGAGAGAGAUUUUGACAUUAAGCGACAUGCAUGUACAAAGUUCAUUUUGCGUGCUUGUUCUUUUAAUUCUUCGGGUAUCUUAAUCGAAAUAGUCACGCACAUGAACAUUUUACGUGUACGGGUACACUACCCGUACCCGUACACCGAUAUCGGGGUAUCUUAAGGUCUCUAUUGUCUGAGACCUUGUGGCGCUGAAAGUGAAUAUCCAAGCAUUUCUCAAGAUAAUGUUUUUAUGUUCUCUUAAAACUAAGACUGUUGAUUUUUUUAAAAAAUCAGUUUCUUUUCACAGACGCAGUUAAAGCAGUUGAUGGAAAAACUCGGCAAUACUGUGAGUAAAGUUAACACUUAAAAAGGCCAAUUACUUUUUACGUAAUUACAGAAGUAUUAAUGGUCAGCUUAAGUUUCACGUAUACGGCAAACGACAAACGUCAGAUUCAAGUUGAGAAUCUCUCUAUAUAGAAAAUAAGUAGAUAAAAACUGCUCAAAACAAUUCUUAUGGAUCAAAAUUUGCGUGAAACUACUAAUUAUAGGUAGAAAUAAUCAACAGCAAACGACAAGUAAUUCACGUGGUACAAAUUCGCGUUUGCCGUUUGACGUAAACGCGAUGCUUAACCUCGCUAAUGUCGUCUUAACGUUGUCAUUUUCCCUUCACUGCUGUGAAUUCAUUUUUUCAUCGCACAUGGUUCUGUUUAAUAUCAGGGUGCGAGCUUCAUUCGUUGUAUCAAGCCAAAUGCCAAGAUGGCUCCGCGGGAUUUUGAAGGAGGCUCAAUUUUGAGUCAGUUGGAGUGUGCUGGAAUGGUAUCAGUGCUAAUGCUGAUGCAGGAUGGCUGGCCAUCCCGAGCUCCCUUCAAAGAACUCUAUCAAAUGUAAGUAAAAUUUCUGUUGUUUUUAUUAGUAAGAAAUUAGAGUAUAAAUUAGGUUAUACUUAUCAUCUUAAUACGUAACAAUCUGUCAUGUGUGAUGAGUGAAGCGUUCUUCGAGUCCAACUUUGUGUACAAGACAAGGCCCAGCCAUACGAGCUGAUGUUUUUGUAACCUCCCAACAACUGUAGGCCUGGUGUUCACACUCAAAGAACUUUUUAAAAGCUAGAAGUCCAGUUUUACAAGAGUAGUUACCCCGUUUUUCUCGAUUUUGUUCCAGGUACAAAGAUUACUUGCCUCCUCGGCUUGCACGGCUUGAUCCUAGGAUGUUCUCUAAAGUAAGCACUGUUCUGUUGUACUGAAUAGCUAUAUUUUUUUUAUCCUUCAGAGCGGGCGUAUAAGGCGGGCGUUAAAUAAUCCUUCGAAUGGUCUGCCGCGAUCUUGAGUAAUUAGAGAGACAGAGGGUCGGGGCGAGCCAAAAAAUGAUUCCGGGGUGGAGGACGACGGGCUCUAUUUUCCCUUCCCCUCCCCUCCCCUCCCCUCAUGCUUUUCCUAACCCUCCUGCUCUUUUUUUUAUUUGCUUCCAAAAUGGUGGCCUAAGCCGAUCGAAUUUCAAACGAGCGUUCGUUAAAAAAUCCUUUGCUCUACAGGCUACCAUUUUCUGUUAAGUGCAUUAAAUUAACUCCAAGUAUCACUGCUGUAGGCUUUGUUUCACGCUCUCGGGAUGGACGACAAGGAUUACAAGUUUGGUCUUUCCAAAAUCUUUUUUCGCCCUGGCAAGGUACGUUUCUUUGAUGUUACAGUGAAAGAAGAUGACAAUAAUUAUGUCAAAAGGAAAGUUGUUGAAGAUGAUACUAAGUUCUUCUUUUCUUCUGUAAAGUUUGCAGAGUUUGAUGAAAUUAUGCAUUCUGAUCCUGCGAGUUUGAAGAAUAUAGUGUCUAAAGUUCUUACAUGGCUAAUCAGAACUCGGUGGAGAAGAGCCAUAUGGGGAACACUGUCCGUCAUUAAAUGUAAGCUUUCCUUUCAACCCACUAGAUUUUACCUUUUGUUACAGGAAAGCCAUAGCGCAACGUUGUUUCUGACGAACGAUGUCUGCCAUUGUAUUUCUGUAUCUAAUUUUAAACUGGGUAAUAGAAAUAAUCCUUGUUAUGAACUUAAAAAGAGUUGUGUUGUGUUAUUUUAGUGAUGAAGAAGAUUGCUUUCCGAGCAGAAGCCAUCAUUCGAAUUCAGAAAACGGUCAAAAUGUUCCAGGCCGUGUGUCGCCACAAACCGCGGUAGGGACGUUAUUAUACUGUGAAUGUUAUAUACCUUGGUGCGCUUUUCUAAUUGUUAUAUGCAAUUUAAAACACGAGGUUCAACAAGGUGGCUCUAAAGUUUUGUUUCUACGUCAAAAUAAUGCCGUCGGACCCUUCACCAAAUACGUCAGGAGAAAGGCAUAUAUUCAUUCCUCAUAUUGCACACCAGCUGUCCUGGCUCAAAGUAAUCAUUCAUAGACCAAGGUAGCCCAAGUAGACCCGCAUAGCUAGCCCAGGCUCGAAAUGUCAGCGUUGGCACUGUUUCGUAACCAGCGGAAUAUUUGUAUGGGCCAAUAUGUUUUUCUCUUAAAGUGUAUCAGUUAUUGAGGUUCUUACCACAAAACGAACAAAUUACGAAAUGUCACGACAAAUUUCUUUCUUGAAAAUUCGAUCACACUUUACUGUCCGCUCAUCUUAUUGAAGUGAUUGCAUAGCUAUAUUAAUGAUGGAAAUAACCCCUUUUUUGCAGAUACCAAGGGAUCAUUAAAAUCAGAAGACUGCAAGUUCAACUUACUCAUUUAGAAGAACUAGGUAAAACGUCUUCGACAACAUGUAACAUUUCCACGCAGACCAGGGCUCUACAUAAAUUUGGACUGUUGCCGGUCGUGUUGACCGGCCAAAGAAAUUUCAUCUCGGUCAUGUGUCUCUUCUGACCGGUCAAAAUGUUGAAAAUAACAAUAUAAGAACCUGAACGUACUAGCCUAACAAGCAAAAUCAUGAAGUAAAAAAGCUGCUUGUCCUCUUGAAAGAUGAUACUUACGUGUCGAAGCAAAAUGACUAGGAAACUGUUUGUCCCAGGACAAAUGGUUAUCUUGGCUAAACAUUGUCUGUUGACGGGCCAUUAUUUUGAGCCCUGCAAACAAUACCUUGGGAAGGUGUAUGUAAAGAAAACAGGUUCAAAAACAGGUGAAAGUGCGUUUCUGUAUAAAACAGUUUGUUUACGAGAAUAUGCUUUUCUGUACGGGUUCACUUGGUGCCGUAAAACUUGGUAGAAAUAUUUCAAUGCGUGAGAGAGUUUAAGCGUGAACAUUGCCAGGUUGAAACGACCUUCCCUUUUGUUUUAUCUUCUGUAUGCUUCUCUCUCCUGCAAAGGUUUCCCUUUUAAAACAAAGAAGAGGCGAUGUUUCUUCUCUUAAGCAUUUUAAUCGUUCCCAAUGCGCUUACCUCUUCCCCAUCUCCAGCCUUUCAAAUCGGCGAAAGGCGCGAGGCUUAACCCAAAGAGAAAAAGAGCUUACCGGGCACAGCUGUAAGAAUUGGUACAAGACGUAAAACGCAGUCUUAGUUUCAUUUCCUAUGAUCUGUGUGGUUAUAGAUUUACAGGGUGUAGAAUUACUGCGAUGUUGUAAAUCUUCAAAACUUUAGCCAGCUUCUUAAAAAUGUAGUGGCCAACUCGACAUUGACUUCUAUACAGGCUGAUGGCGACUCAGCGUGUGAGAUAAUCGAACUCUCUCUGUCAACGAGACGUCAGUUAAUUAAGGCUGAUCAUUGAUUCUAACUGUGGACGUGUUCUCGUUUUAGUGACAGGUUUGAAAAAAGACCAAAAUGUGCUGGCGAAAAAUGUCGAAGGACUUCGAAAAGCAAUCGAAGACUCUAUUGUAAACGUCAAGGUAACAUACAAAAUAAAAGCCAUUUAACUGUAUACUCAUUAAGCUUCACAACGUUUAAGUGCCAUAAUGAGGUUCUCUCUGCAUUCCCUUAGAACAUUAUAAUAUCAGCAAGGACACUAAACGCUUCAAUUACGGAUAAUCUUAAAAAAAGUGUGAAGCAAACUCAUUACUUCUUAAAAGUUAUUAAACACUCGAAUCUGCGAUCCAAUGAAAAAUCACCAACCGGUCGGUUGACAACUUAAAAAAAAAACAAUUUUGCUCGAUCUAUGGUCGGCAAUUUGCUGCGGCCUCCGUAUAUCACUCAUAUAAGAGAACAACAGUGUCUAAUGGUUAAGUGCGCCACGUCACAUUAGUUUUCCUUUGGUUACGUGACAACCCAUAUUUGCGGAAAUAUACAUUCCAGGCUUUUUUUUUUUACCGAAUAUGCAUGUCUAUCUAUUAUUAUGGAUAAUCACAAGUGGAACGUUUCGCAUGAACCACAGUGGCCUACCCGAGGCCGAUUGGCGUUAAACUGGAGACUGCUUAUCUUCACUUGACAGGAUGCUAGUCCAUCACUGGGUAACUCCUGGGUGUUUCUCGACAGCAACCUGACAUCCACCUAUCCUAUUUUCGAAGAUAACAAGGGAGAAUCUGAAAAUACCAGAGGUUUUAAAACACUCCUAAUCUCAUUUCUGUUUACACUGUAGAACACACUGAUGAAGCGAGAUGCUGUCGAUGCGUUGUACUUUGAUCUCGUGGGAAAAUUAAACAAACAGCUGAAGGAUGUGGAGAAACGAGUGGAGAAGCAGAAGAUUGAAGAAGAACAAGAACGGCUGAGGAAAAUCCAGGAACAAAUGGAACUGGAGAGAAAAAGAAGGGAAGAGGAAGAGAGAAAGCGAAAACAAGAAGAAGAAGACAGAAGAAUGUGAGUACCAAUAAAUGAAUGAAUGAAUGAAUUGCAACAAACAAGUUUCCAAAUUAGCCGUUUACCCAUCUAAUUUGAUACAAGGAAUUAAAAUAUUCGUUAAAAGUAACAACUAAAUUUCAACGAUUUAAAAUCUGUAUGACUAGUUACAAUAUUUGGGAAAUUUAAUAUGUUAACGAUAAAACGAUCGAAUCUAUUUAAUUACAGACGAAGUUUGCCUUGCGACCACUCUCGUAAGCGACCAGCUCUAUUUACGACCACCAUUGUGAAACCUCGAUUGAACUGUGACUUGAACCUUGUAAUGUAAAGCUCUCGUAAGCGACCGCGACCACUUUUGGGAUUACCUAAGUGGUCUUUUCCUUUGCUUUUGAGCUCUCGUAAGCGACCACUCAGUCUUAUUCAUGUAAAUCAACACUUAAAUGAAACUGCGCACAGCGCUAAUGAUUCGUUGAUAAAGAUCUUGGGGUUAUUUUGGUCUAAAAAUUUGGACGUAAAGUAUAGCUGUGUCUUUAUCAGAAAUAAAGACACUCAUUGAAUAUUAAUUUAUUAUGUUUUUUUUUACGAACUAUUGAUGCGCUUCUGAAGCUCUCGUAAGCGAUCACCCUCUCUUGUUUUACCACGCGGUCGCUUAUGAGAGCUCAUUCUUGUAAACGACCAGCUCUAGUUACGAGCACUUUUUCAAAUUUCCGAGGUGGUUGCUUACAAGAGCUUCAACUGUACUAAAAGGGAAGUCUCUCCUCGGAAUGUUUUGAAACUAUCUGUGGUCUUCAAAUCUCUACCACGGUUCGUAAGUGACGUUCAUACAAUUGCCUCGAAGCAGUAACUAUGUACAUCAGAGGAAAGCUAAGUAAACUGCUCACUCGCAUGAUAAACUUUAUGCAUGAUAUUCAUUUGCGUUUUCUGUGUAUCAUGCACUACAUGCAGUGUUGACCAGUUUAGCUCUUCUUUUUAGCAAAUGCGGUUACUGUGAAAUAAGACAUUUACUUCACUACACUUUAAGCCUGGCUUUAGUCAUAUCAUCGCUAUUGUCGUUGCGGUCGCUAAGGGAUCGCCGAAAAUUCUGUUUUUGAUGUCGUUUCUACGAUCGUCCUUGAUAGCCACCGUAUAGAAUGUGCCAGGUUUUACAUGGGGUAACUAACUAUCAAUGGUGUUUAAUAUAAGGUGAUGAACGGAGCAGUGUUUUAGGGAUUUUUAACCUUGGGCUUUUAAAGUGCAAAUAAGACGUGGAUAAUUUUCCCCACAAGCUUGGAUGGUUAGUCCUAUGUCAGUUACAAUUUCAUCGAGUAAGAGUGUUGUAUUGUCCUUAUCCGAUAAUUUUAUCAUCAAGGUUUAAGCUAAAACUAUUGACCUUACUGAAACUGGGUUUCUCUUUGCAAAGGCGUAUGGAAAUGGAAGCGAGGCGUAAACAGGAAGAGGAAGAACAACGCAAGCGGGAAGAAGAAGAAAGAAUCAGGAGAGAAAAAGAAGAGGCUGACAGACAGUUACAGGUCGGUGAAUGGCAGCAUUGCCCAUCGGAAGCUUUUAUUGAGAACUAAUUUUCAUUGUGGGAAAGUAUGCGUCAGACAAGGAAAAUAUAGGACUAGCAGUGUCCAGUAGGGUGUGACAAAAGCCUGGUUCUGUCAAUAAGGUGGGACGAUCAGUUUUAUCAUGAGCAGUUUGUGUGUCAUGUGUGUCCAGUGACCAAGAAGCUAUCAGACCGUACCCAGAGGAAUAGAUUAACAGGCAGACAGAGACAGAAAUAGAGACUGGCAGCUUGCAUUAGCUAAGCAGGCAAAGAACGACCGAACAUAAAACUUAAGGCUGUCCUCUGGUCCUUGUCCUUUAGAAAUUUGGUUUUUUUUUAUUACCCUUGUUCAUAACACUCGUCAGUUAUUUUUCUAGUUAGUUAAGUGAAUUUUUAGUGAGGUUUGUCUUUUGCUGAUCUCCUACAGGCUUUAAGAGCAGAAGAGGAACAAAGAGCAAGGGAUGAGGAACAGCGAAGGUAAGUCUGUGCCGCUUAAAUGCUUUUCCGAUUGACUUUGAUACUUUUUAACUCAUGUCAGUGGUACUACGAUGAGUAGAGAAAGCGGUGACAUCCUUUUCGUAGAGCAAAUAACCAGUUCGUUUUUGCGCAAAGUGGUUUUCACUUAUGUUCUUUAAAGUCAAACCGUAAUCAGUUUUCGCCAGUUGCCGUUGAUGCAGACGAUUUUGUCAACUUUUCCGAACUCAAGGCAGGCAGGCCAGUUUGGUGCAAAGCGCGGGAAACUUAGUCUGAAUGGUUUUGGUUUGAGGUCGGAUGGGAUUGAAAGUGGUGCACAAUCUUGCCAGUGGGAACACAGAUUAUUACAAAAACAAACAGAACUAUCGAGAGCUAUUUUUAAAGGCACUUACGCCAUAGCACAGAUUGCUUCAGGCGCCAUUGUAACGUGGUGUGUUACUUUGCAGGCUGGCUAUGAUUGAACAGGAGCGUAGAGACCGUGAACUGGCUUUACGACUAGCACAGGGUCCUGACGCUCUGGACAGUGAAGCGCAGCAGGCACCCCAACUUUCACUGCAAAGGUCAGUGCAGUGACAGUUCAUAACGCGUUGAUCCGAGGAUUUUGUUAGGUUGCAUAGUCGUACCUUUUUGUGGAUAGUAAUUAGUUUAAAACUAGUCUGGUCUUCACACCAGGCGAUACGAAGCAAGGCAAGUUGCCUGAUAGGAGUGCAGUAGACACUGGGGGUGAGACGGCGAGGGGAAGCGGUUAUUAGGAAAUAAUUUUGCCACGUGGUGUUUGGCUGGGGCACCUAAAUCUUUACAGACCAGGACUCCUGAUGUCUGCCCUUUGGACUAUGUAGCCUUCCGCGAACCUUUUUGAUAUUUUAUAGCCGUAGUUAAGGUCGCAACUCUAAAGGCUUGUACUUGAACAUGCUUUAAAUGAAUGAAUUGAUGUAAAGCAGUACCCACAUCUGGUUUCACAUCUGUUUCGCUUUGCGGUUCACAUAUGGGGCUAUCAGCUCGGUUGGCUAGACCAUGUAAGUGAACUCUCUAUUCCUCUCCUCUCAAUGGGCACUGUCUUCCAGUCUUAAAACUUUGGCCAAUUACAUAAGAUUGCGUCGCUCAGAUAAGUGAAUAAUUAUUUUACUCAGUUGUUUUCUCUGUUAAAAGUGCUAACACCUGACACCUCCUGUAAAUUUUGAGUUUCAUAAAGUCUUUUUCUUCGUUGCAGGGCUCUGCCGCCAUCAAAAGAGAAGAAGAAGCAUGACUUGACAUCUUGGAAGUACGCAGAGUUACGCGACACCAUCAAUACGUCAUGUGGUAAGCUAAAUGCUUAUGAUGCUACCCCGAAGAGUGGAACUUGACUAACUGAUCACUACCUAACCAAAGGGAACGUGUACUAGUUGCUAGACCUCCCGCUAUUUUCAAUAAUAACGUCGUUUAGAUUGAUUCCGGCAAACUCACCUCCUUCACUUACGAAGAUAAUCGUGAGCGGUAAAUACAGUACUUUAACAAUUUGAUUAUAGUUUUGCAAGAAUUAUGAAAGCUUUAAAACAAACAAAUAUGAAUAAAGUAAGCGUAUGCAUAGCAAAGUUUAGUUUAGCCUUUGUGGAUGCCAAGCCUCGAUUUGAAGCAGUCCAGGUCAGGCACUUGCACUUCAUUUGAGGUUGUAUCAAUUUGUAUACAUGUAAUUGUUUGAAACUGUCUUUUUUCCAUUCUGCCCACUUCAAUCAUCUGAGACCGUGAUGAAUUUUAAAUAUUAUGUCCAAACGUAUCAAUUGCCCAUCCCAAGUGAUCUAACAUUCCAUCAACGCUAGAUGUUUGAUGGUAUCUGUUUUUGACAAACCUUACCGUUCAGGGUCUCCUUCACACAGGAGUGGAAUAUGAAAAAACAAAACAAAACAAAACAAAACAAGACCUGCGUCUAUGAUUCAUUAUCUUUUUGUGCUUAAUGUAGAUAUCGAGCUUCUAGAGGCCUGUCGAGAAGAGUUCCAUCGGCGACUAAAGGUUUAUCAUCAGUGGAAGAAACAAAACAAGGCUCAAAGACCCGACCCACAAGGAGCUCCACAGAGAGCACCACAGGAUAUCAUGCAGGCAGGUCAGUUCAUCAGCCAACUCUUAUAUCCUACCAUCAAAAUUCAAAUUCUCAUUUGUUAUCCCUAUACGUUUUCAAUAAAAGUAGUGGGGAGAGUUUGAUUUGUUGUUGAAUUUGUUCAUGUCCUUAAUUCUCAUGACCACCCUGUUUUAUAAAGCAGUGAUAUUACAAGGAGAAAUUUGACACUGAUCACUCUUAAAGCUUAAAGGGUUAAACUGUUCAGAUUGACUGCCUAGGAGUAACUAAAAAUCAACAUCACAGUUUCACAAGUCAUACCUUGAAAAUUGCGGGAAGACUCCGAAGUCAGAAGCAUCUUUGACAUCCUGAUAAACAGUUCCAUAAGAAAGUGAUAAGUGGUCGCACUGAAGGAGAGGAGAGUGUCCUUUGUAUUCCAUGUUUAUCUCUCCUUUCCUAAACUUUUUUUAAUCCUCUAUAGUUAACCAUUUACCUUUUUGGUGUUUUCUGUUUUACCAACUAAUAUUUUGAGGUUUCCUUCAGUUUAAGAUAAUUGUGCACAUAGCAAAAAAACCUACAUCCACAAAUCCACAAAUUCGGCAGUUAAAGCAUACUUUUACAGCAAACAUAAACAAAGGUGGAAUUCCAAGGGAGAAUACCACACCCACGUAAAGGCGGUACUUAAUGUAGAGUGAAAAGAGUUUAAUGUGUUUUUUUCUCAUUGGCGUUUGCCUUCUGUCACAGCUGAACAAGCCCCACCUCUCCCUCCUCGACCAUGUCGUGCGGAGCAAGCUGUUGCCCCAUCCCUCCCCCCACGGAGGCCGCAGAGAUUUUUCCGUAUAGCGUUCAUGCGGCGCUCGAAUCAGUAUCGGGAUAGCGAGUUUAAGAAACAGGGCUGGUGGUAAGUCUUAAUGUGGUAACUAUAAUUUUAAAUACGGAGCGUAAUCCACGACGACGAAGACGACGGCAACGAGAAAGACAAAAAAGCGAUAGGUUUUUUGGACAUGUUUCGCUUUUCUUGCACGAGCAGGACGUGAAACUGCCUAACUUCACGUUUUGUGGAGAACUUUGAACGAGAUUUUUACAGUCCUGUAAAUCAGAUCCAGAAAAAUUCACCAACAUUGGUAAAAUCGACUGACAUGGAAUAAAAGCGAUGAAUUUUGAAACAGCGUUACAAAUGUAAGUGAAUUCACUUGUUAAAAAGACGUUUUCGCCACCGUCGUAGACGUUGUUGGGUAAGCUCCCUAUAAUACCUAAUAUAGGCCAAACAAUGGUAGCAAAAUGAAAUACCUACUUUUGUCUCACAUAGCUGUAAUAGUACAACAAAUACUAUAACAGUUCGAUACACCAUUUAUUUACAAUAGGACAGUAGUUAACCUUACAAGGUAAGGUAAGAGACGGGAAAUAUCAGGAAAAUGUAGUCAUGGUUUUGAGGGGGAUUGAUGCUUAACCCUUUCACUGCCAAAUGUGGCCAAAGGUGAGUUGCCUCACAAAUCUCUUUCAUGAAAAACACUCUGGCAGUAAAAGGGUUAAGAGAGGUAAAAGGCUCUGCCCUUGAAUAACUAAGUGGUUUUUUUAAGCUUUAAGUCAUCUUGGUGUACCCGUAGAUUAACAGUUACUCUCACGGUACUUUUUACGCCACUUGUACGAACCAAGUCUAAGUUAGGUGACAGAGCUUUUACGAUAGCGAUGCCCAUGCUCUUGAGCUCUCUUCUCAAAAAGCUUCGUGUGUAUAAUUAACAGGAUUUUUUAAAUUGUCAUUCUGUCUUUUACCUGUCGUUGUAAUGCGGUUGUAAUGCGCAGCUGAUCAUCCUCAUGUUAAGAGAAAAAAAAAAGUUAUAUUAUUAUUGAAGCUGUAUUACAGAGUUUUCUCACAUUCAGAUAACCAGCCUGGGGUCAGGAGGUUCUUAGAAAUCUAGGAAUGGCGACAUUGUUUGGUUCAUUAUCCUUUGUUUCGUUACCCAACACAACAACUCGUUUUGAGAGCAAUGCGGAAUGAAGAAUGUCAUUUCAUGUCUAAUUUCAAGAUAAAGCUCUCUUAAGCACUAGUAUUUACAAAUUCUUCCCCCUUCCUGGAUCAUUUUUGACCCCAAGUGAACAACAUUGACAAGGGUGGGAGGGGAAAGGCCUCACUGCUUACUUGCGGCACCAAAUCCACGAGAUGGCUAAAAAAGCGCAAAAUUCGUAUCACCCUUUGCCGUGAUUGUACCGCCCGUAGUUUGUGCUAUCAAUGUUAAAUACUCAUGCAUUUCGUUUGUCAGGUAUGCACAUUUUGACGGUCAGUUUAUUGCGCGUCAAAUGGAGUUGCACCCUGGUCAGCCUGGUUUGCUGUUAGUGGCAGGAGAAGAUGAUUUAGACAUGUGUGAAUUGAGUCUGGAUGAAACAAGACUCACCAUGCGACAGGGAGCUGAGAUUACCAUGAGAGACUUUGAAAUCGAGUGGUUAAGGAAUGGAGGUUCUCAACGUCAAUAUCAGGCUAAAAUGUAUCAAACACAGAACUAGUUGAGACGUUUUUGAGUUGUCACGCAACGCUGUGUCACGAAGGGAUGUUAUCACAUUCAAAUUCUUUAUUUGAGGCAAGAGUGUUGCGUGACAAAUUCGAAUUCUUAUUGAAGCCUAAUACGUUCAUUCUGGAAGUAGUAUUCUUAAUAUACUAAUAAUACUAAUAUACUCCCCUCUAAUAACAACAAAUGGGAUCGUUCAGAUCGAUUAUUUCAAACAUUUCCAUCUAAAAUGGACGAUAGCAUGUGUAUUUGAUGGGAUGGGAGGAAGGGGUGUCUGGUUGAUUACCUUCGUAAUCUUGAACAAACUCGUGCUCGUUUGAGCGGUUGUAAUAACCAUUUCAUCGUAGGACAAAGAUAAAUAGUAGAAUGCACUAGGUACGGUAGAGUGUUAGUUUAAAAUUUAUUUCUUGGACAGGUCGUGGUUUUUUGUUGCACAACAGAGCAGUUUGAUAUAAUCGAUGUUUAUACUACCACCUGGACCCCUGGAAUUUGGUUCCUUAGAGCAGUGGUAUUUCAGCUUAAUUUAUACAAACCUUCUAGGGGUAGUAGAAGGAGCAUGACAGAGCAGUUUGAUCAGUAUUACGAUGUAAACCAGUGUCGUCCUAACGGCUCGUGAAAAUUUAAUUUUGAAAAAUUGUGCCAUGACUACAAAUCAUUUGACUAUACAAACCAGUGUCGUAGAUGCUAAAUUAAAUUAAAAUUGUGCCAUGACUUCAUUUGACUACCAAUACUUAAAGAGACAAGAAGCUGUAGUGAACUGACGCCAUCGACAAGGUGCUGUUUGUAGAGUAGGUAGGAUUUAACAAAGUUUUUUGGAAUUUGUUCGUACAGGAAAGUUAAAAUAAAUUAUGAAAGUAAUUAUGCGCUAUUAACUAAGCGCGUGACCAAGAUGGAUUAUGCAAUUUUUUUUCUUUCGUGUUGUCGCGUAUUUUAUAGGCCGAGACCAAGUUGAGGCGUAUGAAAACGCCACAAAAGAGGGGGGAAGUGCGAGGUCAUUGUCGAGAUAUCUUCAAUAAAGAAUUGAUUAUAUGACUUAGAGAACAACUAGUCUUACAGGGUGAAAGCAGAGAGAGUAGUUCAAUCAAUCCGCAAAACGCACGAUUUGCUUCUUCAACCCGCCUGUUACAACGAACGUUUUGGAGAAAAAAAAUUGUAAAUUGAAGGAAUAAAAUAUUUGGCGAGUUGACUUGAAUUUCUUAAGACACCACACAUGCAUUGAGUGUGCAAAAACUUCUCAUAAAGUUGAGAUCGUUAUAAUUUCCAUGUACUCGAAGAGUAAUUACAAACCAUCCUUUUAUAUCACAGCCAGGAAAAUUCAUUUAUUUUAGCGCACAAAUUUUGACCGCAGUAUACUUUUUUUUUUCUGUUCUGUAUAUGAUGACCAAGAAUAAAAUGGUGCACAUGUAGUGGUUCAAUUCUCUCCUGGGUUUAAAUAAAUUUUCCUUUGUCUUUGGGUACGAUAAUGUAUGAUAAUGAUUUAAAACAAAGAAAAGUGAAAUUUAACUGGAUCAAGGAUAAAAUUUCAUCACAACACAGGCACCAAACGGUCUUCAUUUAUUUUCUAAGAUCUGUAAUGUCAAAUUGCUGACACGAAAUACCAAUCUCAGAUGAGAACUGAUUCAUACCAUAAACUGGAAUAAUAACCUCGCUCCCAUUGUCUUUAAUAUUUUUUGGUUAAACGUUUUUUUUUAGUUAGGUGAAUAUAUGCAAGUUUAAUGUGUUAUUAGGCUAUUUAUUUAAUUUAUUUAUUAAUUUGAACGUUUCAAAUAAUUCAAAUCAUUGUGAUAACUGUUUCCAGAAAACAGUGGCCUAUUUUGUUUUAUGCGCCAACAACAAGGUCUUACACUGGCCGUAUUCACACUAGAGAUGGGUUAUCCGUUGGAUAAUUCGCGUCAGACAGUUAAUACGUCUUAAUUUGAAAAUGGAACGGCCUUAAUUUUAGAUGCAGUGGACAAUCCGACUUUAUACAUCUGUAUUUCCGUCAAUUUUGACAGAUUUUGAAGAUGGAUUAUCCGUCUCUAACGGGAAAACGGCCAAUGUCGGAGAUAUAUAGGAACUAUAUUUUUGCGAAUUCUUCAAUUAAAAGGGUUAUCGCUAAGACAGCUAUCACCAAAGAAAGCUGCUU